AUGGCAGAAACCAUAAGAAUAUUCCCAACUCCAAGAUUGCCAAUCAUGUUGCUCCUAUGGCAUGCAUCCCAUGUAGGCACAGCAGUUACCACAGACGGGCGAAUAGCACUGUCAGCCGCUGGCCAAUUGCAUGGCAUUGCCAGAUUGUCGAGAAGAAACGGGAGGCUCGUGAAGUUUAGACAUGGAGAGUUCGUGGGAGAGCAGCUUAAGAUAACACAAUUUCAGCAGAGGACCAAGUACAAUGGUAAUAAGAAUCCAAUCUGCAUGUCACUUACAGCAGAUAUUGCAGGUGAGGCCAAGUUGAGGGACCUAGAGAUGGAGAAAAGAGAUGCGAGAAGCGUUGCGGCGAUUAUAUUAGGAGGUGGAGCUGGCACUCGUCUGUUUCCCCUGACUAAGCGCCGUGCCAAGCCUGCUGUUCCCAUUGGAGGAGCAUAUAGGCUGAUUGAUGUACCUAUGAGCAACUGUAUCAACAGUGGGAUCAACAAAGUUUAUAUACUCACUCAGUACAAUUCAGCAUCACUCAACAGGCAUCUUGCUCGUGCUUACAACUUUAGUAGCGGAGUCACUUUUGGAGAUGGCUCUGUUGAGGUCUUAGCUGCCACUCAAACUCCAGGUGAGUCGGGUAAAAGAUGGUUUCAGGGUACUGCAGAUGCUGUGCGACAGUUCCACUGGCUUUUCGAGGAUGCGAGAAGUAAGGAUAUUGAAGAUGUGCUCAUUCUAUCUGGAGAUCACUUGUAUAGGAUGGACUAUAUGGACUUUAUUCAGAAUCAUCGGCAAAGUGGUGCAGACAUUACUCUAUCAUCUUUACCAAUAGAUGACAGCCGUGCCUCAGAUUUUGGUUUGAUGAAGAUUGAUAAUAAAGGAAGAGUCCUUUCAUUCAGUGAAAAGCCUAAAGGAGAUGAUUUGAAGGCAAUGGCAGUAGAUACAACUGUUUUGGGACUAUCAAGAGACGAAGCAGAAAAGAAACCUUAUAUUGCUUCAAUGGGAGUUUAUGUCUUCAAGAAGGAAAUACUUCUGAAUCUUCUAAGAUGGCGUUUUCCUACUGCUAAUGAUUUUGGAUCAGAAAUUAUCCCUGCCUCAGCUAAAGAAUUCUACGUUAAGGCUUAUCUCUUCAAUGAUUACUGGGAAGACAUCGGUACAAUCCGAUCAUUUUUUGAAGCAAACCUUGCCCUUACUGAACAUCCACCAAGAUUCAGUUUCUACGACGCAACAAAGCCAAUCUACACAUCAAGAAGAAACUUACCACCAUCAAAGAUUGAUAACAGCAAGAUUGUCGAUUCAAUUGUAUCACAUGGUAGUUUCUUGACCAACUGCUUUGUGGAGCACAGUGUUGUUGGUAUCCGGUCUCGUAUAAACUCCAAUGCUCACUUGAAGGACACAGUAAUGCUUGGAGCUGACUACUAUGAAACUGAUGCCGAAAUAGCAUCAUUCUUAGCAGAGGGAAAGGUUCCUAUAGGGAUUGGAGAAAAUACAAGAAUCAAAGAAUGUAUAGUUGACAAGAAUGCGAGAAUUGGUAAAAAUGUUGUCAUUUCAAAUGCAGAGGGCAUACAAGAGGCGGACAGAUCUUCAGAGGGGUUUUCCAUCCGAUCAGGUGUUACAGUAAUAUUGAAAAACUCAACAAUUAAAGAUGGCACUGUUAUAUAA